UCAGACGAAUCAAGGCUGUACGUCCCAUGAACCCUACUCUCUCCGCCCUCCUGAAGAUCGCAGUCAGCUGAUGUAAAGUGUUUUGAGAAAGUUCGCUGGCGGAGCAAAGCUACGAAGCGACAGAGGGUUUCCUGGUGAGCUCGCAACCGACGAGAGGAGCGUCAUCACUCCCUUUAAUUUCACAACACGCGUGCAAAAAUGUGGACGGAGGUGAAAAACCAGACCAAAAUUGUAUUUAGCGAUGGAAACACCUCGGAGGUAAGCGUUAGACAAACUCAUCGUAGGCGAAUAAACAAAAACAGAGAGCUGUUCCAAUGCACACAUGGGUCCUCGCUACAUAUGAACAGCGCAAUGAGUCAACGGCCAUCCCUCGUCCCUCAUACACAGAAGACCCCCAGGCCAGAGGCAGUGGCAUCAUCCCAGGAGCCAUUGCAGCUGCAGUAUUCAUUGGUUUCGUAUUGGGUCUCUAUGCAGUUCUGUGGAAGUGUAUGGUCUCACCACCCCAAAGGAAGAAGAGGAGGGUGAGGGUUCGAGACAAGAGGAGCCAAGUAUGCUGACUGACAAUCAGGAUCUCAUCUAGGCCAGAGGAUCCAAUGGAUCCAACUGCUGCAUCAAACCCCGGCCAGUCAAACGGACCCGAAAAGAUCCACUCAUACUGACUUGAGUCUCUCAUCAGGAUGUUCCUGGACAUCAGAGAGGAAAUGGAGAUUCAGAAACAUUUGCAUAGAGCUAGGGGAUGGCAUAAUUAUGGAUCUAGCUUAUCAUGGUCAGAGGAUGGAUCGGAAUCUAAGGAUCCGGUCAAAUGGAUCUAAAAGGAUCUUCUAAAUUGCCUUAAGAGGAUCCACUCAAAUGGCUAAAGGAUCCAACUGAAGUGCGUCAGAGAGCAUGAACAAACAAUCUAAAUCAGUUAAACUGGGGUCUGCAGACCCAUCAAACUUGUAAACAUUUUUGUAUGUAAAAAAAAAAAAAAAAUCUGAAUAUUACUAACAGGUCAAACACAUUUUUGCCAAGAGAUCUGUUAAAUUAGUUUAGAGUGUAAAUACAAUAAAAUGUCAUAUUAUUAAUAUACAAUUUAUGUUCUUAAACCCUGGACAACGUGGGCCUGGGAGGCUCACAGGGAUAUUGGCAUUUACAGUACUCACCAAUUGUACAUUUUUCAACUCAAUAACCCAUAGUGUGUGUAUAUUUUAAACUGCAGUUUUCUUUCUGUCUCAUGGGAAAAUGUGUAGAAUUGCAGAAUAUUAGUGCUAAAGCUGCAACAACACAAAAUCUUUGCCCCAUGACAAAAUAUGUCAAGAGGCUGGCCUUUUAAAAUGUUCCUCCCCGGGAGCGAGCCUUGGUUCGUCCGGCCAUACACUGAAGUCAUAGUAAAACACAUUUUUCUCACUCGAGUUGUUCUGAUUGAGGGGGUCCCUUUAUAUAUUUGCUAUUACAAAAGAGGUGCCGGACCCCAAUAGUUUGAGAGAGCCUGAUCUAAAUGAUUCUAGGAUCCACUGUUUGCCACAGUGCUAUGCCUGCGUGAGAUGCUGACUUUAACUGAAGCGUAGCUAUACUGUUGUCUGCGGGUCACUGACAGUUGACAGUGAAAUCUGUACUACUGAGGAAGGAGGCAGCACGGGUCACUGUUCUUCCUAUCGGUCAACAAGCCUACUGGCCUGGCAAACAUGUGGGUAUGUUUUUUUUCUCUCUCUCUGUUUGGGUGAAAGUCUGUGUAGAUUUUGAUUAGGGUUGACUACAUGUGUUUGAAAGGAAAGUGAAAAUGAAUGGGAAAUUUGCUAAUACUUUAUAUAUUUGGUUGUGCAUGUGAUAUGAUGGCUUUAGGUGAAUGAUUGAGCUGGAGUUAAUGGCCUUAUGAUAUCCAGGUUUUGUCAUGUUACUUUUCCUCAGGAUGUGACUUACUGUUCCUUUCAUUAAACUGUGAUUUGUGUUCUUGCACUUUUACUGAGUUUUUACUUUUAUCAGAGUUAAAUCUGA